AUGUCAAAAUCAUUAAAUAAUUACACUUCUAACAGAGACCGUGCUCUCCCAUCUCGGUCAUAUUCUUCGGACCAUCAACCACAAAGCACACCACCCUCCUCUUUUAACAGGAAUUCUUCCAAUCAUAGUCACAUGAGUCAACAGGAAAUAGCUGCCGCUUUUGUGGACUGGGUGAAUACCUUUGAUAAACUUUCACGUCCCGUCAAUUCCAUUCUCGAUCUUACCGACGGCAAUGUUUUGAUCGAUAUUGUUUGUACCAUAGAUCCUAAGUGGUUCAAGCUGACGACCGAUAAUUAUGAAAAUCGUGAAGAAAAUUGGGUUAAGAAAUUCAAUAAACUCAAACGAUUGUACCCACUACUCACGCGGUAUUACGAAGAAAUUCUCGAAUUGUCCACUAAAAAUAUUGAAGUUCCUAACUUGAACAGCAUUGCGAGAGAUGGAGAUUUAGAUGAAACCAUGAAGCUUUGCUCUCUGGUCCUUACAUUGGCUGUUAGAUCUUCUAAUAAUAAGAUUUAUAUUGAAAAGAUUCAGUCUCUUAGCCCAAAAUCACAAGAAGGGCUAAAAGUAUCUAUUGAAAGAGUAAUGAUUAAAUUGGAAGAGCCCACAGUCCAAUCACAGUCAAGUCCGGUGUUUGUUCCCGAGGAAGAAUUAAAGCAUAUUACUGCAGAACAUAGAAGGCUUUUAGCCGAAAAAGAAGCUCUAGAAAGAGCACAUCAGACUUUAAUGGAAGAUCAUACUAAAUUACGCCGUCAAUGUGAUGAUUUGCAAAUGGAAAGCGAGGAGCUAAAUCAGAAGCUUAAAGAGUUAGAAUAUGCGAUAGCACAGUCUUCUCAAAAUGGUAAAGCAGACUUCCUUCUGAAAACAGAAAUUGAUAACCUUCGUCAUGAAUUAUCUCGUAGCGAAAACAAACGUCACGAGACAGAAUUGCUAAUCGAGAAUCAAAAUAUUAUAAUAAAUGACCUCACUCGUAGGGUCGAGAUUCUCACUGAGCAAGCUGAUGAAGCUGCGCGAUUAAAAGAUCAGCUAGAUGAGUUUAGACAUGCUACUGAUAAGCUUAGGAAAACAGAGAAUGUAAUUGAAAAAUAUAAAAAGAAACUAGAGGAAGGUGCAGAUGUGCGAAGAUCACUCAAGAAUUUGGAACAAGAAAACAAAGAUCUGCUUGAACGCAAUCAGAAAUUAGAAGAUGAAUACCAUAAACUUGCGGCAUUUAAAAAUCUGAUGGAGAAUUAUAAACAACAAAUUGUUGAUCUUCAAUCAGAGAAGACUGAGCUAGUGAACCAAAAGAAUAAAUACGAAUACGAAUAUAAGCAUAUGCGAGCAAAGAUUGAAGCUUACGAAAUGGCAACCAAUCGUGACAUGGACAAAAUACGCUUGUUAGAGGAUCGACUGCAUGAAUUGGAGUCAGGCGAUGGAGAACGUAUUCAACAUGAAAGCGAGGUGAAAGCAGAAGCAGAUGAAAUAGAUCAACCUCUUGAUGAUAGUGAGCUUUCAAUUGCCUUAGAAGGAAAUACAAUGGUUAGCUUAAAAUUGAAAGUUUAUGAGCUUGAACGCGAAUUGGCAAAGUUGCGUGAAGGUAAAUCGGCAGAUGGAGAUGCGGAUGCACAACUACUAGUUUUACAGCACAUGCUGGAUGACGCAAAUCGUGCUAAGAACAAAUUUGAAAAGGAUUAUGUUCGAGCACAACAAGAAAAGUUGGUAUUAGAGAAGGAACUUGUACAAUUACAGAAUGGCAGUUCUUCAAAUGGUGAUAAAAAUGAAAACCGAAAGAGUUUCGAUAAGGAGCGAGAAUUAUCAGAACUCAAACGAAAGUAUAUCGAGGCACAGAUAAAAAUCGAUCGACUCGAGAAAGAAAUAGGUGAACCGAAAUCAAAUUCGAUUCUCGAGGCUAGAGUCAGUGAAUUGGAAGCCGAAAAAGAACAAAUGAAGGGUCAAAAUGACGAAUUAAAUUCCAUCCUUCAGAAUCUGGAAGGUAAAAGCGAAGACGAUCUUAGGAGUCAGAAUAUUCAACUCAGCAAGCAAGUCGCAGAAAAAUCAAAAAAGUUGGAAAAUCUCAAGCAACUAAUUACGGGUCAACAUGAGAUUAUUGAAAGUUACAAGAAUAAUGAGACUGCGGUUCAGGCUAAGAGUCAAGCUCAUGCUGAAGAAAUUGCGCGUCUCGAGCAACUAAACAAGGAGUAUAAAGAGCAAUCUGCUAAAGAAGUCCGUUUGGUUUUAAGUGCUUGGUUUAACAUGGGUCGACGCAUUCAGGGCGAUCAUGUAUUCUUGCAACGUCAGGCAUAUUCAUCUUUCCUUAACCAACAACGACAACUCCUUGAUACUCAGAAGUGCUUGAAUUGCUGGAACUUAUCGCAAAGGCACAUUAAACUAUGCUUGCAAUUCCGAGCAUUUGGCGCAAUUGAAAGACGUUCAUUGUUUAUAAAUUAA